GAGAUCCCCCCAUCAACAGAAGGACAAAGCUCCAUCAUCAGUGCCCAAUCAUGGUCCGAUCUCGCCGUCUGCUCUCCCAGAUUUGUUCACCGAAGCUCCCCUACGUCUUAUGAAGGAAGACGUCUUAUAAAGACUACCGACAGUUGAACAAAGUCACAAUCAAGAAUAAGUAUCCUUUACCGAGGAUUGAUGACUAGUUCGAUCAACUUCGGGGGGCGAUGGUGUUCUCAAAGAUCGAUUUGAGAUUGGGCUAUCGUCAGUUGAAGUUCAAGGAGGGUGACAUACCUAAGAGUGCAUUACGCACUAGAUAUGAUCACUACGAGUUUCUUGUGAUGCCAUUUGGGUUAACCAAUGCACUUGCAGCAUUCAUGGACUUGAUGAACCGUGUGUUUAGUGAAUACUUAGAUCAAUUUGUGAUAGUAUUCAUUGAUGAUAUCUUGAUAUACUCCAAGAACGAGGAGGAGCACGAACAUCACUUGAGGCUUGUACUUGAACGACUAAGAGAAAAACAAUUCUUUGCCAAGUUCUCUAAAUGUGAAUUUUGGCUCAAAGAGAUUGGCUUUCUCGGUCAUGUCAUUUAUGGUUCGGGGAUUGCGGUGGACAAUGCAAAGAUAAAGGCUAUCAUUAAUUGGGAACGGCCCAAGAAUGUGAAAGAAAUAUGUAGUUUCCUUGGCUUAGCGGGAUACUAUCGUAAGUUCGUUGAGAAAUUCUCCGUGUUGGCAUCCCCACUUACGAAGCUCACAAAGAAAGAGGUCAAGUUCUUAUGGGAUGAUAAAUGUGAGAAAGGGUUUCUUGAACUAAAGAAAUGACUUACCGAAGCACCAGUUCUUGCUCUACCCAAGCAGGGGAUAGGGUACGAUAUUUACAGCGAUGCUAGCAUCCAAGGGCUUGGAUGUGUGUUGAUGCAAAACGGUAAGGUGAUUGUCUACGCUUCUAGGCAAUUGAGGAAGCAUGAGGUGAACUACCCUACCCAUGAUCUUGAGUUGGGGGCGGUAGUGUUUGCACUGAAGAUUUGGAGGCAUUAUCUCUACAAGGAGACAUGUCACAUUUUCACCGAUCAUAAAAGCUUAAAGUAUGUAUUCACUCAGAAAGAGUUGAAUAUGAGAAAGAGGAGAUGGAUGGAAUUGAUCAAGGACUAUGACUUGAUCAUCGACUAUCAUCCCGAAAGGCCAACGUGGUGGCCGAUGCACUGAGCAGGAAAAGUACGCCGGGGACGUUACUCACAUGUCUACGAGCAUUAAGGGCGCGCGUAGAAGUGUCCACGAGUGGGACCCUCAUAGCUCGAUUCGAGGUUAGACCUACGUUACUGGUGAGAUCAAUAGGUGUCAGGGCAUUGAUGAUGAAUGUCAGAAGAUCCGUGAACGGAUCCUUGAGGGGCCCGUUGAGAAUUUCGGGUACGUGAUGAUGGUCUUUUGUUGUUUAAAGAUCGUGUAUGUAUACCCAAGGAUGAGGAGCUCCAGAAGUCUAUACUAGAGGAGACUCAUUCUUCGGCAUAUGUUAUGCAUUCAGGAGGUACCAAGAUGUACCGAGACUUGAAGGAGAGUUAUUGGUGGUCAGGUAUGAAGAGGGACAUCGCAGAGUAUGUGAGUCGAUGCCAUACUUGCCAACAAGUUAAGGCGGAACAUCAACAUCCAGCGGGGCUUUUGCAGCCACUUACCAUUCCAGAAUGGAAGUAAGAGCAUGUGACAAUGGACUUC